GUCUUCCUCGAACUUGUUCGAAUCGAGUGACUUGGAUUUCGAGAGGAUGGUGGUUUCUCCGGGGAUGCUCACAAAUGGUUCAGGUUUAAUCCGAUUGGCUCAUCCCAAAAUCCCGACACACCGGAUUCAGAGACGCAAUGGGUUCGGAGCAAGCAGCUUCAAGUUUCCUUGGGAUUCGUGUCUCAAUGGGAGAGUGAGCUAUAAGCAUGUGGGUGGGUAUUGCACGGUAUCUGUAGGUUUGGCUCGUCAAAGCCCGAGCUUCCGUGACGAGCUACCCGAAGAGCCCUUAUGGCUGAGCCUUGUUUGGGACAUCUUCUGGAGCACGAGGUCUCUCUUCUCCUUUAUGGCUGAGCAACCGAGCCAGCUGAAAUUCAUAGAGUGGCCAAGUUUUACAACCACGCUCAAGACUGCCACACUGAGUCUCUCUCUUGUAGCUGUCUUCAUUGUUGCGCUAUCAUCGGUGGACUCUGCUCUGUGUUACAUACUGGCUUUGAUCUUGAGGAAAGCCCCAUGAGAGGCUUUUUCAGAGUUUUGUAGACUGCAAAGGAUGUUGAUGAAGAAAGAAUCAACGUCUCCUUCUUACUUUGUAUGAUAUGAUUAUGCUUUGGACUUUGCAAGAUGUAGCCAAAUAAUUCAAAUAUGUUUGAAAACUUUA